AUGUUAUUAGCAUUUGUAGUCCUAAUUGCGGUUUCAUCAAAGGCACAAGAGCCUUUCUGUAAGAAGUGGAAAAAAACAGAGCUACCUGCCUUUUCAAAAGAUGGAGAUAUAAUAAUUGGAGGAAUAUUUUCUUUGCAUGAUAGUCCUAUAGAUGUCAAACUUUCAUUCACCGAAGUACCUGAAGACUCAAAAUGCAAAAUUUUGAACUACAGUGAACUUCAGUGUGCACAAACCUUGAUUUUUGCAAUUGAGGAAAUUAACAACAGAACAGACAUACUGCCAGGGAUCAGCCUGGGCUAUAAGAUUUAUGAUACAUGCAGAGAAGUUCGAGUGGCUCUUAAAAUGGCAAUGGCUUUAGUGAGUGGUUUGGAGGAAGAACAGAGAGACAACAAGCAUUGUGCUAAACUUUCUAGUGUUCUUGCUAUUAUUGGACAGCCAAAUUCAAGCCCAGUUAUAGGAGUCACAACAGCUCUUGGACCAUUUAACAUGCCUGUGAUCAGUCAUGGUGCCAGCUGUGUCUGCCUCAGCAAUAAAAAUCUCUAUCCCACUUUCUUCAGGACCAUACCAAGUGAUUACUAUCAAAGUAAAGCUCUGGUGUGGCUUGUAAAACAUUUUGGUUGGACGUGGGUUGGUGCUCUGAGAAGUGAUACAGAUUAUGGUAACUACGGCAUGGCUGCAUUUCUACAGAUGGCCCAGCAAGAGGGAAUUUGCAUUGAGUAUUCAGAGGCUAUUUACAGAACUUAUCCAAAAGAGAAAUUUCUUAAAGUUGUAGAUACCAUAAAGAGAUCCACCUCAAAGGUGAUUGUGACUUUCAUUACUUUCAGUGAUUUGGAAUAUCUUCUUAUUGAACUUCUCAGAUACAAUGUUACGGGAUAUCAGUGGAUUGGUACAGAGUCAUGGAUAUCAAACAGAAAUCCAUUAUUUAAUGAGCACUACAAACUUUUAAAUGGAGCUAUUGGUACAUCAAUUAGAGACACAUUUAUACCUGGUUGGAAAGAUUUUUUAGUAAAUGUUCACCCAUCAGAUAUUACUGGGAACACUGGCAUGAAUGAUUUCUGGGAAUAUUUCUUUAACUGUUCCCUUUCUAAUCAAGAUAAUGUAUUCAGACGUCCCAAAUGCACAGGAUCUGAGGAGUUAAAAGACAUAAAUAACCCAUACACAGAUUUGUCUAAUAAUGGUUUUUGUGGUAAUGUUUAUACAGCCUCCUAUGCUGUAGCAUAUGCACUGCAUAACCUUCUGGGAUGCCAACAUUUAGAUACAACACUUGCUAACAAAGCAUGCUCUAAGAAUAUGAUGAUUGAACCAAAUCAGGUGCUAUCUUAUCUGAAAAAUGUGAGUUUCACAACACAUGAAGGCGACAACUUUAAGUUUGAUGAAAAUGGUGAUCCUACAUUAAAAGGCAAAACAUAUGACUUAGUAAACUGGCAAUUAAAUAAAGAAGGCUUGAUAGAAUUUGUAACAGUUGGUGCACAUUAUGCAUUUAUGCCUGAUCAACAACAGUUUGUAUUUGAUUAUGACCACAUUGUUUGGGCUGGGGAAUCAAAACAGGUGCCCAAGUCAGUGUGCAGUGAAAGCUGUCAACCCGGCACUCGAAAAGCAGUUCGAAAAGGCCAGCCUGCUUGUUGCUUUGACUGCAUACCAUGUGCUGAAGGGGAAAUUAGCAACACAACAGAUUCUACUGAUUGUUUGAAGUGCCCAUUGGAGUACAAGACAAAUAAAGAAAAAGUCCUGUGUAUUUUAAAGGAUAUUGAAUUCUUGUCAUUUGAAGAAAACAUGGGGAUAUUGCUUGUUGCAUUAGCGUUGCUGGGAGCUUCUGUUACAAUUGCUAUAGCAUUUGUCUUUUACUUUAGAAGAGACACACCUAUUGUUAAAGCAAAUAACUCGGAAUUAAGUUUCCUUCUCCUGUUUUCAUUAACGCUUUGCUUCCUGUGUUCUCUUACUUUCAUUGGUCAGCCCACUGACUGGUCAUGUAUGCUGCGCCACACAGCAUUUGGCAUCACAUUUGUUUUGUGCAUAUCAUGUGUUCUUGGAAAAACUAUUGUGGUUUUAAUGGCGUUUAGAGCCACACUGCCAGGUAAUAACGUCAUGAAGUGGUUUGGUGCGACACAGCAACGACUGAGUGUUUGCUCUCUGACACUCAUUCAGGUAGUAAUAUGUCUGUUUUGGAUAUUGAUAUCUCCUCCAUUUCCCAACAAAAACUUCAAGCACUACUCAGAAAUCAUCAUAUUAGAAUGUGACCUUGGAUCAAAAACAGCAUUUUACGCAGUUCUAGGGUACAUAGGCCUGCUUGCUGCAUUAUGCUUUGUUCUCGCUUUUCUGGCUCGAAAACUGCCAGACAAUUUCAACGAAGCAAAAUUCAUCACAUUCAGCAUCCUGAUAUUUUGUGCCGUGUGGAUUACUUUUAUACCAGCUUACAUCAGCUCUCCUGGAAAAUAUACAGUGGCAGUAGAGAUAUUUGCAAUUUUAGCUUCUAGUUUUGGUUUGGUUUUUUGCAUUUUUAUCCCUAAGUGCUUUGUUAUUUUAUUUAAACCAGAAAAAAAUACAAAGAAACAUUUAAUGGGUAAAGCAGCAUCAAAAUCACUUUAA